AUGUUGCUAUCAUGGACAAAGUAUUCAUCAAUUUGUAAUCGACUAAUACAUACAGUAGCAAAACAAAAAUCAAAUGGAAAAAAGAAAGUUAUUGUAUUAGGUGCUGGAUGGGGUGGAUUUCAAUUCGUUCGUUAUUUAAAUCGAAAAAAAUAUGAUGUGACAUUAAUUUCACCACGUAAUCAUUUUCUCUUUACUCCACUAUUACCAUCAACAACUGUUGGUACAUUAGAAUUUCGUUGUAUUAUCGAACCGGUUCGUACGCUUCCAAAUUUACAAUACUAUCAAGCGUAUUGUGAUGAAAUUAGUCAUAAAACGAAUCAAAUACGUUGCCGAGAUUAUUUCAAUAGAAAUAAAGAAUUUUCACUUGAUUAUGAUUAUCUUGUCUGUUGUCACGGAGCUCAAUCAAAUACAUUUAAAGUACCUGGUGUUGAAGAACAUGCAUUUUUUCUUAAGCAAUUGUCUGAUGCACGCGCUAUACGCAAUCGUCUUAUGGAAUUAUUUGAACGAGCAUCAAAUCGAUUCAUCUCUGAAGAAGAAAGAAAAGCACUGACAACAUUUGUAAUUGUUGGUGGUGGACCAACUUCAAUUGAAUUUAGUGGAGAACUACAUGAUUUUAUUAUUGAAGAUGUUGCAAAAUGGUUUCCUGAUGUUAAAACACGUGUGAUUGUAGUUGAAAGUACUGAUCAUAUUUUAGGAUCCUUUGAUUCGAAAUUAACCGAUUAUGCCAUGGGGAUUUUAAAAUCACGUUCAGAAAUAACACUAAAAACGAAUACACACGUUAAACAUGUUGGUCCAAAUGAAGUUUCACUUAGCAAUGGUGAAGUUAUUCAAUGUGGAAUUACAGUAUGGAGUACAGGACUAUCUCCAAGUAAAUUGACAUCAAGUUUACAAUUCUUAAAAGAAGAACGUUCGGGAAGAAUCUAUACAAAUGAUCAUUUACAAGUAUUGUGUGAUGAUAAAACAACAGUUACUAAUAUGUUUGCACUUGGGGAUUGUGCAACACCAAUGGAUCAUUCAUUACCAGCGACAGCUCAAGUGGCAGUGCAACAAGCAAAAUAUUUAGCACAAAGAUUAAAUAAAAAAGAUUUCCAUUUAAAAGACCCAAAGGAUAUUAGAAAUGAUGAUUAUUCGAAAUUUAAUUUUAAUAAUGCCGGUAUGCUAGCCUAUCUAGGUGGCUAUGGUGGUGUAGCUGAUUUGAAAAAAGCAAAAGCAACUGGUUUCUCAUCAUGGUUAUUAUGGCGUUCUGUUUACAUUACUCGACUUGUUAGCUUUAAAAACCGUUUACUAGUUGGUAUGUUUUGGUUCAAAUCAUUUGUUUUCGGUCGCGAUAUUAGUCGUUUUUAA